AUGAAUGCGGGUCAUACUCUGGUCAAGUUUAGGGAUGAAACAACUAGGGAUUUGGUUUUAGAAGCAGGAGUGGUUCACUUUGAUAGGAAACCAGUCCUAUUGAGGCCUUGGUCGACUGAUUUAGAUACACUGAGGGUGGUGAAUUCAGUCCCAGUUUGGAUGAGAUUACCAAAUCUUGGCCUUCAAUAUUGGGGUUUAAAAAGUCUGAGUGCUCUUGUUAGCACAAUAGGGAAACCUAUGAUGAUGGACAAGGUAACGAAGGAAAAAUCUAUGGUAAAAUUCGCUAGGGUCCUUGUGGAUGUCGAGAUUACUGAUAGAUUACCUCACUCAAUUAGUUUUAUCAAUGAGCGAGGGCAGCUGAUGGAACAAGCUAUAGAGUUUGAAUGGCUUCCCACACAGUGUUCUUGUUGUAAGGGUUUAGGCCACACUGCGUCCAGCUGUAAGAAUUCUCAGGAGGUAGUCUGGAGACCAAAACAACAAGUUUCAGCUUCAGGUAAAGGGGAUAUUAGGGGUGCUACGGUACUGAGUGAAUCAAAAAUUGAGAGUAAGCCAGUGGUAGGCAAUCAAAAGGAUGUUGGGAAAGAAGAUAAAGGAGAUGAGCUGAAUCUUAAGGGAGGUUCGAAGGAGUCCAUGAUCACAACAACUAAAGAUACAAAUGAGGCUAGUUGUUCAACGACUGAGAAGGAGAAAACUUGGACUACCCCUAAGAAAGUGGGGGGUCUAAGGAAAAAAAGUUCCACAGAACAGACUUUGAGAGCUAAUACAUUCAGUGUUCUGCAGGAGAAGACUGAUAUGGUUUCAAAUAAGGAGUUACACAAACAUCAUAUUUCUAAUGGAGGGGUUUUCCUGGAAACUAAACUUCACAGCAACAAAAUUGAGGAGAUGAUGCAUGAUGUGUUUGUGGGAUGGAAUUGGUAUAGUAGUAAGGCCAUCGAAGGGAGAAUAUUGUUGGUUUGGAAUCCGGAUUUGGUUCAUGUGGCUGUUGUUCAGGAGCUGGACCAGCUGGUCACUUGUGAAGUGCAAAUAAAGGGUGUUAGUCAAACAACUGUUCUUUCUUUUGUGUAUGGCCGAAAUUCAAUGGAAGAGAGGAAAAAUCUCUGGGUUCAGCUUCAAGUUCCUCAGUAUAAUUCUAGGCCUUGGCUGGUUGCAGGGGAUUUUAAUGCAGUUUUUGAAUAUGAUGAUCGAAUUGGAGGUAGGCAGAUUUCAGCUAUGGAAGUGGAGGACAGUAGGCAAUGGAAGGCUAAUUCUCUAUUGAUUGAUUUAAGAUCCAGUGGUUCCUCUUUCACUUGGUCUAAUAAACAAAAAGAAGGUUUAAGAAUAUUCUCAAAACUUGAUAGAAUAUUUGUUAAUGAAGUAUGGAUUGAUACUUUUCCUGAUUCUGAAGGCCGGAUUAAUUGGGAUACAUUAUCUGAUCAUUGCUUUUGUAUCAUCAAAAUUGUUCAUUUCCAAACUUCAGGGGUUAGGCCUUUCAGGUACUUCAAUAUGUGGGAUAAACACCAGGAUUUUAGGAGCUCUGUCUUGAGUAACUGGUCUAAACUAGUCGGAGGUACUGGUCUGCAGAAGAUUAUACAGAAGCUUAAAAGACUAAAGCCUACCUUGAUCCAGUUCAAAAAAGUGCAGAUUGGGGAUGUGGAAGAGGAUGAGGCAGCAGCUGAGUUUGCUAGAAUGUCCAAGUUGUAUGAAAGUUUCCUGAGGCAAAAAAGUAAGAAUAACUGGCUAAGAUUUGGUGACGAAAACACAGCGUACUUUCAUGCUAGUUUGAAACAGAGGAGAAUGAGGAAUCGUAUCACGAGUUUUACUAAUGAUGAGGGGCAAGUUGUAGAGAAUCCUACUGAGGAUUCUGUUUUGACUUUAGAUCAUCAGCUUGAUCUAAUUCAUCCCUUUACUAAAAAGGAUGUUAAGAGAGCUCUUUUCAGUAUUCCAACUACCAAGAGUCCUGGCCCCGAUGGUUAUGGCUCUGGUUUUUUUAAAUCUCUCUGGAAGGAUAUUGGAGAUGAAAUAACUGAGGCGAUUAUGUUGUUCUUUGAAAGUGGUGUGAUUCCGACUACAUUGAAUGGUACAAUCUUAUCUCUUAUUCCUAAGGUUGUUUCCCCAUCUAAGGCCACUGAUUAUCAUCCUAUAGCUUGUUGUAAUACCCUUUACAAGUGUAUUUCCAAGAUGAUUUGUUUCCGUUUGGCUAAGGUGCUUCCUAUGAUAAUUCAUCAAGAUCAAGGAGCCUUUAUUCAGAACAGACAGCUUGCUCACAAUAUCUUAAUCCUUCAGGAUAUUCUGCAUGGUUACUCUAGAAAGAACAUUUCCCCCCGCUGUGUUAUAAAAAUUGACCUCAGUAAGGCUUAUGACUCAGUUGACUGGAAGUUUAUGGAGGAUAUCUUGAAUGUGUUCUGUUUCCCUAGGAAAUUUGUUCAAUGGAUUAUGAAUUGCUUGACAGGAACGUCCUAUACUCUCUUAUUUAAUGGUAGAUUACAAGGAAGUUUUGAAGGGAAGAAAGGGUUGAGACAGGGAGAUCUCAUCUCUCCGCUGCUGUUUGUUCUAGCAAUGGAGUAUCUUACUAGAAUUUUGAGCCAAGCUUCUCAUCAUAAAGAGUUUAGGUACCAUCCUUUGUGUAAGAAUUUGCAUCUAGUCAAUCUGUGCUUUGCGGAUGAUCUGAUUCUGUUUUGCAAGGGGAAUGUGAAGUCUGUUAAGAUUUUAUUUGAUGGCUUUUUGAAGUUCUGUCGCUGUUCUGGUUUGGAAGCCAAUUUGAGCAAAUCUCAAGUGUUUUUUGGGGGCGUGGCAGCUGAGGUCUGUCUUCCGAAAGUAAUGGGAGGUCUGGGCUUCAAGGAAGGAUCUCUUUGGAAUAAAGUUCUAUUGGCUAAAUACCUUUGGGCUUUAUCUUCAAAACAAGAUGUCUUAUGGCGCAAGGUUUGUUAUUUGAGAGAGACAUUUUCUGUCAAGGAAUUGGAGAGUGCGGCUCCUCAUGGUAAGCUGAUCUUGAAUCUGCUAUAUAACAACAUGCUUCAGAAGGAGCAGGUGGGGUUUGCUAAGGUAGUUUGGAGUAGUUUUUCUGUGCCAAGACAUCGUUUUAUUCUGUGGCAAGCGGUUCUUGGGCAUCUUCUGACGAGAGACAAUCUGGCCCGAUGCCCUAUUGAGGUUAAUUCAGUGGCUUGUCCAGUUUGUGAUAGAGGUGAGGAAUCUCACAGUCAUUUAUUUUUUGACUGUAUCUUUUCUCAUAGAAUCUGGGAGCUGAUUAAUAGCUGGCUUGGUGCUGAGAUUUGGCCGAAGCAGAGGAACAAUUGGAAGCUAUGGUUGGACGGGAAGCCUAAAACAGUGAUGCAACGCAUAUAUAUAGCUUGUCUAGCAGCUUCAGUGUAUCAUAUUUGGUGUAACAGGAACAUGUGUUACUUCUCUCAGGUGUCCUACACGCCCCAUAGCCUAGUUAAGAUAAUCAAGAGGUCUAUUAAGAUAAGAUUGCAGGGUAGGCUUAGUAAAAAAGAUUUGAGUAAGAAUUGUAAGCUUUAUGAAUUUGUUCAGAUGUUGUAA